AUGAUAAGCGAUGACUAUCGCGGGUGGGCGUGGACAAGAGCCCUCCUGGGAGUGCAAGCAGCGGAGGUGCACGUGUGUGGCGACCCCUCCGUGCUGCCCCUCCUGCGAGCCAUCUGUGACGCCACUGGGGACGCCUUCGAAUGCCAUCAUUACCACCGCUUUGCACCGCUCACAGUGGACCAGACGAGCUUGCAGGGUGAUUUGGGGCGGGUGUCACCUGGCGACUGCAUUGUGGCGUUCUCGCGGCGAGAGAUAUUCGAAAUCAAGAGAGCGGUGGAGAUGACAACGAAGCACCGGUGCUGUGUGGUGUACGGGGCACUGCCGCCGGAGACAAGGAGGCAGCAGGCGAGGCUGUUCAACGAGGAGGAGAGCGACUUCCGUGUGUUGGUAGCUUCAGACGCUAUUGGCAUGGGGCUCAACCUCUCUAUACGCAGGGUGGUCUUCUCAACCCUGCACAAGUUCAACGGAGAGGAGAAGAUCAUCAUCCCGUCACCCAUGGUGAAGCAGAUCGCGGGGAGGGCGGGCAGGAGGGGCAGCCGGUACGAGGAGGGGGUGGUGACGUGUCUGGACCCCACAGACAUGCCGCUGCUCAUCGCUGCUCUGCAAGACCCCGUCGAGCCCACCACGGCUGCUGGCCUCUUCCCCCUCUUCGAACAGGUGGAGGUGUUUGCCAGUCAGCUGCCUGACGUCUCCUUUGCAAGACUGCUGGACAGAUUCGUGGAGACAUCGAAGCUAGACGGCACCUACUUUCUCUGUCGCACCGACAACAUUCGGGGAGUGGCAACCAUGCUGGACAAGAUCAAGGGUCUGACCCUCCGGGACCGCUUUGACUACUGCUCUUGUCCUCCCCGUUCCGCACUUCUCCCUUUCGCCCCUUUCUCCCCCCCAGCGAGUGGCAACCAUGCUGGACAAGAUCAAGGCGAGUGGCAACCAUGCUGGACAAGAUCAAGGCGAGUGGCAACCAUGCUGGACAAGAUCAAGGGCCUGACCCUCCGGGACCGCUUUGACUACUGCUCUUGUCCUCCCCUGGCAACCAUGCUGGACAAGAUCAAGGGCCUGACCCUCCGGGACCGCUUUGACUACUGCUCUUGUCCUCCCCGUUCCGCACUUCUCCCUUUCGCCCCUUUCUCCCCCCCAGGGAGUGGCAACCAUGCUGGACAAGAUCAAGGCGAGUGGCAACCAUGCUGGACAAGAUCAAGGCGAGUGGCAACCAUGCUGGACAAGAUCAAGGGUCUGACCCUCCGGGACCGCUUUGACUACUGCUCUUGUCCUCCCCGUUCCGCACUUCUCCCUUUCGCCCCUUUCUCCCCCCCAGCGAGUGGCAACCAUGCUGGACAAGAUCAAGGGCCUGACCCUCCGGGACCGCUUUGA